AUGCCCGCUGACAAGGGCGCUCCGAAGGUCAAGAGGGAUACCAUCCACUUCGUCAACGCAUACCCGACUUCGGAAACAGAGCGAUUGAAUAAUAAGCGGCUGGUGCGCGCUCACGUUGGACAAUGGAUCUCAACCCAAACAAAGGGCCGUAUUGUUGCCGCCGCUGCUGGUCCCGCCAGUCUGGUUGAGCCCCCACUUGCUGCUUCCGACGACAGGCCCCAUCCGCCAGUGGAAGCCGUCGAUGCCGACUCUGACGAUCCUUAUCUCUCUUCUACUUCGCCGUCUUCGACCUUUACGUCGGGCUCGUCUCCUUCGUCACACGAUUCUCCGGGGUCGAGUACCUCGAGCGCUUCGCGGGAUGUGACUCCUAUUUUCCCGAAAGCCCCGCAUCCACGGCUGCCGCUGGUCAUUAUACCCUCACAGACUGGCACCCCUUCUCCAGCGAACGCAUAUUCUUAUCAGCAACAAGUCGAUGAUGAGGACGAGAGAUCAUUCGCAGACUGGGCCGAGUCCGGCACUUCGUCAUCCAGGGGAUACAUUGAGAUUGUGGGCGCUGGCUCUUUGGAUCCAUUCCGAGCAUAUCCUACAAACAUCGAUCCAAAGCUCAUUCGAUUGUCAGAUGAAUACUGCAUUUCAUGCCUCUGGCCUGGACUCACCCCCGGACCCUCAGGGACGAACAUGCAAUCUUGGUUUCCAUUGGGGGUAUCCGAUCCAGUUCUUUUUACCGCGUUCCUAUUUGGUUCCCUCUCGCACAUGCGUGUCCAGGCACUGAAAGGCUGGAUUCCUCGACACAUCUUCCGCCACCGGCAACAGCGCCUCCUUGAGCAUGCUGAGAUGGAAACGGUCCGAUUGGUCAGCAGAGAGAUGAGCAAUCCUUCCCGUGCAGUUUGCGAUGCUAUGAUCUGGAGCGUUGUCUGCAUGGCACACAAUAAGGCUGAGGAUGAUGUAAAUGGACUACCAGACAUCCCGUUCACCGCCCCCAUGCAACGACUCCAAUGGCUAGACGUUUAUGGGUGCCUCCGUCCCAAUCUUAUCCAUAUCGGAGGCCUGAUCCAGAUGGUCAAUCUACGAGGUGGUAUAGAGAAGAUUGAGCUCCCUGGAUUGGCCUCAGUGAUAUCGUUCUCCGACAUUGUUACUUCGAGCACAUUCCUCCUCCACCCGGUUUUCCCGUGGAUACCUCUGGAAAUGAGUCGCAAGAACAAGACGAUGCAAGAACUGCUAGGGUAUAGGGAUGCCGAUAUCGACCGGUACUACGUACAACACCAACACCUCGGCCUCUCUCGCAGUAUCGCAGAAAUCCUUUGCGCAAUGAACACUUACACCAACCUUGUGGACCAAGCUCAAAGGGGCCACUAUGAUCUCUCUCUACUCGCCGAUCAACGCAGCAUCGUACACUAUACCCUCUUAUGCCUCCCUCCAGCCGCUCCCCACCAAACCGACCCAAACUCAAACAUCAGUCAAGCACCGCCCCUUCAACCCCAGGACAUUAUUUACGAAGCCCUCCGUCUCGCCUGUCUAAUCUACAGCGUCGGCAUCGUCCUCCCCAUCCCACCUCAGAGCUCACCAAUUAUGAAUCUCGCCGAACUUCUCCGCAACGUCCUCAGCAACCCAAAUCACCCAUCUCUGUGGACAACCCCACAAGCCCAGGUUGCGCUCCUCUGGAUUCUAACCCUCGGCGGCAUUGCAGCAACACAUACGCCGCAUCGGUCAUGGUACAUUGAGAGGCUGUGCCGCGUAGUCGAACAUCACAAGAUCGCGUCCUACGAGCAUCUAUCGCGGUAUUUGGCGAUGUUGGCGUGGUAUCCGGUAGCCUGUGACACGCCGGGCAUGGAGUUAUGGUUUGCGCUCGAGAGAGCGCGGAUGUAUCGGUGA